CAACAAAUCAUUUAAGUAACUGGAAUAUUGAGGGAAUAAUGAUGUAGCCGUCACAAUAUAAGUAACUGGAAUAUUGUGAAAUCCAAAACAGUUUUUGUGAAAUCCUGAACACCCAAGACUCCUUUUCCACUCUUCUUCUUCUAGGAAUUCAAGAAACAGUUGAUUCUUGUACAGCAAAAAAGAUGGCGCCUAAAGGAAAAGGAAAGAAGAAAGGGAAAGGAAGUUCCACGAAAACAGAGAACAGAGCUCAAGAACCAAAUUGCAUUUUUAAGCCAGAAAUCAUCUCUAACAUCCUCUCUCGGCUUCCUCUGAAGACCCUUUUACAAUUCAGGUCUGUUUGCAAGCAGUGGCAGAAGCUCAUUUACAAGCCCGAUUUCGUCGCCACCCAUUACAGCCAUUCCUCUUCUUUGCAGCGCACUGAUUCAUCCAUGGUUAUUAUACAGUCCCGCCAUGAUGGAGGGUUUAAUCAUAAUGUACUCGUAAAGUACAAACCCCUUCUACCACCUGUGCAAGUGAAAAAUCCCUACCCUAUCAUCUCACCCAAAAUGUCCAUUGCCGGUCCUGUUAAUGGCAUUCUCUGCAUUUUUCAGCCACCUUUGGGGGAUGCGCUUACACUUUGGAAUCCAGCAAUGAACAAGUCUAAGAUGGUCAUGCUUUCUAAAACCGCCAACCCCUCUCAGAAAGUAUCGGUUGGAUUGGGAUUUGAUUCACAGAAAAAGGAUUUGUUGAUCUUGAGAAUCUUUUGUGUCCCUCCAUUUCCAGGAUGUACCAAAACCAAAGUGGAAUUCGAAAUAUGUGAAAUGAAGUAUCCUAUAGGAUGGUUGACGCUGAAAAGUAGAACAAACUAUUUUUAUAUUGACAAACCUUCUUGUGAUGCGAUCUUUAAAGCGGAGCCUUAUUGGUUGGCUUAUGAUUAUGAAGAGUAUAUUCCCGGCAAGUAUCAGAGGUUGGUGCACUUUGAAGUGAGUAAAAUGGAUUUUGAAUGGUGGAUACUGCCAUUUAUCGGAGUAGGGGAUUACUAUGCGAAUCUUGUGAAUUUUGAGGAUUCUCUUGGUUUUAUGGUCUGGAAGAAAACAGACAAUUCCUAUAUUGAUGUUUGGGAAGUGGAUGAUAAGAAAUUUCAAUGGAGAAAGAAAUGUAAGCUAGGACCGUUAUCCGGGUUUUGCAGGAUUUUGGGCUGUUUGAGGAAUGGUGAUGUUGUAGCCGAGAAUGAAGACGGGGUGUUGUUGUUUUACACAGUGAAUAAAUCUGAGUUGGUAGUUCAGAAUGAUGAGAACCUUUAUCCUUGCUCAGUUAAGAAGACAUUGACAGUGGAGAAUUCUGAGAAAGGAUCACAUGUGGUUUUUGACUGCCCAGAGGGCCUACUUUUGAUCGAGGGGAUGCUCACAGUUUGAUCAGCAAGACGUCUUGAAAUGGCAAAGUCUCUUGAGCACAAACGAAGACUUCAUGCGGAUGCUGUGACAACUCUCAGUAUUCACUUCAUAACAUCUGUCUUGUGUUCCCUUUCGAGUUAUUUCUGACCUUCUACUUGUUUGCAUAUGUGAAUUCUCUGGUCUGACUAUGAUCAAAGACAUUUUGUUCAUAUGAAUCACGUCAGCAAUUGUUGUAUCAAACAUUUAGAACUUGCCAAGUUUACAGUUGUGAAAUUGUAAUUGUAGUCCUAAGGAGCUGUCAGUAAGAAGUUUAUACUGAUGCUUUGCAACUUGUGAUCGAUAAGUUUGAGUCCUUUUGCUGUUA